AUGUUGCCCUGCCGAUUGGCGCCUUGGCUCAGGGCAGCGCCCCACAAGACGACGCCGUCGGCCAGGGGUCGAGCGCAGUGGCUGUUGGUCAGCGGGCCGGCGGAUUUGUUGGGGCAUGAGCCCCAUCCUCUUGGCGCCUUCGCGCCUUCGGGACUCCGGCUGUCCGUGCUGAACAUGGACCUCCUGUGGCAGGCCGGAGGGCAACACGGCCGGCAUCUUUCUCCAGAACUGUGCGGAUGGGCUCUGGCGCGCCGCCGCUGUGGCACCAAUAGAAAGAUUUGUUGGAGCGUGGAGCGAACUGUGCCGAGUGCCUCCUGCGGACUGCUGUGCGGUGAGGUGUGGGGCGCGGACAGGGCGCGCAGGUUGUGUGCCGGGAGGGACGCUGUUGAAGAAGGGUUGAGAUCGAAGAAGCACUGGCAAGAUCUGCGGGCGGCAAUGAAGGAAAUUGGGCCGGACUUGACAAAUAACCAUUUGGAAGUGAUCUUCACAACGGCCAGGAGAUUGGAGAACGCUCCGUCAACGAGUUUUCUGAAGGAGGUGUCAGGCGUGGCAUUGCAAAACCUGAAUGCCAUGGAGCCCAAGCAUUUGACAACCUUUCUUCAUUCCUGUGCGAUCUUGAAGUAUGUCAACAUUGAGCUCAUAGAGGGCGUGGUGUGUGAGGCCAGUCGACGUGGUUUGGAGCAAAAGGCCACACCAAAGCAAGUGGGAAUCAUUGUAUACUCGCUGGGAGCUCUUAACAAAUCGCAUAGUUAUGAUGUCAAAGUCCGAUUUGACGAAGCUGUCACAGCCCAGCACAGAAGCUGUCUGGGAUCCUCCGAUGUGGAGGAAUUCAUGCAAGGCCUAUCUGAUAGGAUUGUGACUUUCCUGGACAAUGACGAAUUGAAUGACAUUCAGGUGUCGAAUGUUAUUUAUGGACUUGGCUGCCUCAAGUUCAGCACAGAUGCCAUACAUCGAUCUCUAGCGGCACUUGUGUCGAAUCCAGACAGACUCCAGGACUACACUGCAAGGAGCCUUUCAACCAUGUUGUAUGGACUGAGCCAGGUUGGCUUUUCGGAUCGGCUCUCCCUGGCGUUGUUUGUUAAGUACGUGACUGUUGAUGCCCGACUGUGGAGGUAUUCUGAAGAGGGACUGUCUGCAAUGUUGUAUGCUCUUGGAGAGUUUGGAUUCAAUGAUUGUGGCAUGCUGCAUUGUUUAAUGGAGGAGGUGACAAAGCCGCGGCGUUUGAAAAGGUUUGAGCGGAGUUCGCUGUCCAGCCUGUGCUACAGUUUCAGGAAGCUGGGAUUCAAUGAUUCCAAGCAAGUGCAACCUGUGCUUGAAGAAAUUUUGAAGCCACAACGUUUGGAGAGCCUGGGACCGCAAGUGCUCUGCAACAUUGCCUUUGGGCUUUGUCAUUUUGGAAUGAAGGGCAAUGAAAUAUUUUGGCAUGGGCUAGCUACAGAGAUCACAAAGGAGGAGAACCUGGCAGGCUUCAGUGAACAAGCGCUGGCAAAUGUGGCUUUGAGUUAUGCAAACCUGGGCUACCCCUCAGGUGGUCAGCUGUGGAGACCACUGCUGCUGGAAGCGACAAAAUCCCAUCGCCUUGCGAGGUUCACUGGGCAAGGUCUGUCAAACAUGCUCUGGUCACUGCGGAUCGUUGGGUUUGUGGAUGCCAAGGAGAUAAGGGCUCUUGUAGGAGAGGUUGUGAAGCCCACAAGACUCGCAACGGCUUCGGACGACAGCCUAGGAAACUUGUUGUACACAUUUGCACGUUUGAAAAUUGUGGACAGGAAGUGUGUUGGAGCUGUCAUAGAUGCCCUCAUCGGAGGCCAGAAAUUGCAGCGUGCAGAUAGCAGUUUGCUUUCUUUGGUUGUCCUCAGCUUGGGUUUAAUGCAAUACCGGAAUGUUGAUCAGACACAAAUCCUCAUGACUGAGGUGACCCAACAGCAUAGGCUGCCUAUGUACCCCUUUACUGCCAUUUCCAACAUGAUCUAUGCCCUUGGGCAGAUGAGGCUAAAGGACUGGACUGUGGUACAAAGGCUACUGGAUGAAGGCCUCAGACAUCCAAAGGAGAACCACACUGCACAUGGGCUUGCGAACAUGAUCCAUGGUCUGGCAUUGCUGGAUUUUAAGCAUGCUCGCACCAUUUCUCAUUUGGUAGGAUUGGCCUUGAUGGAAGAACAUUUAAAGAAGAUGACAGCACACAACUUGACAACACUCCUGCUGGGGCUGUCUCGUUUGAGGGUUUCAGACGAUGCUGUGUAUGAGCGAAUUCUAGAAAGAGUUGUGGGGCUUGGUACACAGGCAAGAUGCACACCAGAGGAGCUGUCUCGUGUGCUGCACUCUUUGAGUUCUGUUGGGUAUUGGAAUGACAAGUAUGUUGUUCCAAUUAUGGACAUUUUGGUGAGGGCGGCAAAGGUCCAAGAACUGGAUGAGCGAUCGUUGUCAACACUUUUUCACAGCCUGUGCAGCAUGCGUUUGCCUAAGGAUGCAGUAAUCCGGAACACAUUGAGGGAUUUGCUGCUUGGAUACAACAUGAGCAGAUUCUCACCUGAGGGGCUGUCAAAUGUCCUGUUCAGUUUGGGCGCUUUGGAUGUACGGGAUGUUGGGAUAAUUAAGUCGAUCGUUGCCACGUUGACCAAGCCGGCUUGCCUACAGAAUCUGAACGAGCUCGGUUUGGUCAAAUGCUUGCAUGGCCUUGCCAGUAUACCUUUCAGGAAUCGACCCACAGUGACUGCAGUUGUCAAUGAAAUCAAGAAGCCAAGCCGCGCACUUAGGUACAGCAGAUAUGACAGAUCAAGGAUACUGGACGCUUUGGAUCGAUUGGACUUUAUUGAUGAAGACUUGCUGCUUGGGGCUUUGGUCGACCAGAGAGUCAUAUGCCGUCUCUCUGAGGGCUCAUUGCUCAGGUUGAUAUCAUUUGCACUGGGUUGCAAGGGUGUGGACAAGGCAAGCGUGCGGUACUUGGACAAAGAGCUGAGAAAGCCCAGGCGCAAGUAUCGGAUGACGAAGGAUGAAUUUCAGAGUAGUGUGCAGCGUUUGGAAAGGCUGGCAAGGCAGCAACAUGGACCAGCGCUGGACAUGAUGUCUUCUUCAGCCAGCGUCCCCUGA